CAAAGUUUUCCACUCAAAAACCUAUUUCCCACCUGAAUUAAACAUGAAUUUGGCCCUAAAUAAGACUUUCCAGAAGAGUGGAUGUCAACUUCUUGGCCUCAACAAGUAUGGUAUACAGCAGUGGCUGAAGACAAUCGACACGAUCAUAUUCGAUGGAAACGGUGUCCUGUGGAGCCACGACAAGGUCCUUGAAAAUGCAGCCGAGACAUUCAACGCACUUCGUGCCAUGGGAAAGAAGGCCUUUAUUUGCACCAAUAAUUCAGUGACUUCGGUCGAUGGCAUCUGCAAGUAUGCUCAGGAAAUGGGUUUCUUAGUGGCCAAGGAUGAGAUCCUUUCCUCGGUCCAAACAUUAGCCAAAUUUAUGAAGGAGAAAAAGUUUAACAAAAAGUGCUACGUAGUGGGCGGCCAGGGAAUCGUCGAUGAACUGAAGUUGGUGGGAAUCGAGUCCCUGCCCUUGGAUCAUUCCUCUCUGCAGGGCUUCUCUAUGCCAGAUCACAUCCACAGUAUCUUCUUGGAUCCCAAUGUGGGUGCUGUGGUCGUGGGAUCUGACAAGGAUUUUAAUACGAUCAAGCUGACAAAGGCGUGUUGCUAUCUCAAAGACAGCGAGGUAAUGUUUGUGGCCACAAGUCGCGAUGCGGCACUUCCGGCGGCUCCAGGACGAAUGGUUCCUUUUGCCGGAGUGAUGGUGGCUGCCAUUCAGGCGGCCAGUCAACGGAUGCCUUUCACCUGUGGAAAACCCAAUCCGUACAUGUGCAUCGACUUGAUGCAAAAGGGAGUUAUUCAGCCUGGCAGGACUUUGAUUAUAGGAGACACCAUGUGCACAGAUAUCCUUUUGGGCUACAAGUGUGGUUUCCAGACUCUUUUGGUGGGCACCGGAGUUAACAGCUAUCAGGAUGCCAUUGAGGCUCAGGGAUCUAAGGCUCCAUUACUAUAUCAGCAAGUUCCUGAUCUAUAUGUGCCCAAACUAUCCAAUUUGUUGCCCUUUUUAUCUUCUCGACAUAGAUAAUUUGUAUGGAUUUCAAAUAAAAUCAAUA